AUGCACUUUGCUCUCAAGGACCUUGCUCUGCUCUCGCUCUUUGCUCUCGCUGUUUCUGGCGCCUCUAAAUUUGCCAACACCUGCGAGAACAUCGAAAGCUCCGGAACUAUGAUUCAAGCAGAGUGCCAGGAGUAUGAAAAUGGCCAGUCUAGACUGAGCAGCCUUGACCUGAAUCACUGUAUUAGAAACCAAAACGGAUCACUCAAGUGCGGGAAAAAGUUGGUUUUGGAUCUCUUUUACGGCUGA